AUGAAAGGAGUCGCUGCAUUCCAAAACCUGCUGGCCUCAGCCAGGCAUAUCGUAAUACUAACAGGAGCCGGCAUAAGUGCGGAGAGUGGUAUACCUACAUUUCGCGGCGAUGGAGGGCUAUGGCGGACAUACGAGGCGCAAGAAUUGGCGACUCCCGACGCGUUUCGGAAGAACCCUUCACUCGUUUGGGAAUUUUAUCAUUACCGUCGCGAAGUGGUAGCAAAGUGCCAGCCCAAUGUCGGACAUUUUGCCUUAGCCGCUCUUCAACGGAAAUUGACGUUGCAAGGGAAGCGAAUGGAUGUCAUCACGCAAAACAUUGAUCGAUUGCACCAAGCCGCCGGGAGCACGGACGUUGUUGAACUUCAUGGAUCUUUAUGGCUUCUCAAGGCGGUUGACGAACCCGGCUUCGUCGAAGAUGGGGUAAAAGUUUGGGAAGACCGGUCGAUGCCUGUGGCGCCCUGCUUCGCCGGGAAAUGUCAGCCCGACCCCCACAUCCGCAGCUCGGACAUUCCAACGUCGGCACUCCCGCACACCAGGAACGAACAGAAGCUAUUGAGGCCUGCAGUAGUAUGGUUCAACGAAGGGCUGGACCCUCGGGUCCUUACGGGCGCCUACGAGCUUUUGAAUGCGUGCGACCUUCUCCUGGUGGUGGGCACCAGCUCCGUCGUCUACCCUGCGGCAUCUUUCGCCCCCUUGGUCGCAGAGGCAGGGAAGCCUGUGGUGGAAGUUAACUUGGACCCGACGGAUCAUUCCAAUAUUUGCAGGCUGGCAUUCCAGGGAAAAGCCGGCGAAAUCUUGCCGGUAUUGCUGGGCGUGGAGGAGGAGGUUACCGGAUUGGUACAGGACUGGGCGGGAAAGACGACAAAUACUAGGACCCCUCCAAAGAAUUAA